GGCGGAGGGGGCGUGUCGUGGGACGGGAGCGAGGCUGGCGUUGUUUAUUGUGGCCGGGUCCGCCAUAACGGUGCGAGGGUUCAGGCGGCGGAGGGGGAGAAGAGCAAUCCGACUCCAUCGGCUCGUUAAUCGGGAGAGGACCGCUCCGAGCUCCGCGCAGGCACCACCGCGGCGAGUUAGGGCAUCGACCGAGGGGGGUAUUACAGGGACAGAGCGGUCCCAGCGGGAGAGAGAAGCCGAGAGACGCGGAGCCGGCGACUGAAACCCUACGGAGAGCCUCCCGUGUCGGAGCCGGCGACGCCUGUGUGAGACGAGCUCGACCCCGGGACUCGCUCCUUUCCUGACCGCACCAGAGCCCCUCGACCCGCACUCACCCGCCCACCGUCGCCAUGGCCUGUGGAGCCACCCUGAAAAGGACUAUCGAUUUCGACCCUCUGAUGAGCCCGUCCUCCCAGUCCCCCAAGAGGAGGCGGUGCACGCCCCUGAGCCAGGCCGCCGCCUCCCCGCAGAAAUAUCUCAAGAUGGAGCCUUCACCCUUCGGGGAGGUGGGCCCGAGACUCACCACAGAACAAAUUCUGCAUAACAUAAAACAGGAGUACAAACGCAUUCAGAAAAGAAGACAUUUAGAAAGCUUUCUGCACCAGACGGAGGCCAGCUGUUCAAGUGACGCACAAUCCCAUGUUUCAGUUUUAAAUGACCAUGCCUUGCAAGGUACUUCAUCUGGAUCAUUGUCACCACAGUCAAAGAAAGACCAGCCUCUGUUCACAUUGAGACAAGUUGGAAUGAUCUGUGAACGCCUGAUUAAAGAGCGAGAAGAGAAAAUUCGUGAACAGUAUGAAGAAAUACUGGAUACAAAGCUGGCAGAACAAUAUGACACUUUUGUGAAGUUCACACAUGACCAGAUAAUGCGACGAUAUGGAGAGCAACCUGCCAGCUAUGUGUCUUGAAUUGUCUCACGUUUCUGCGGAGUGCCCUUUUCCUUUUGAUCACUGCAAGUUGGCUGUUUCUCUGAGACUUACGGCAGUGCCAUAUUAACCACCUGUGAGCACAGGGUGUUUUCAGCUUGUGUCAGUGGCCACCACCACUUUUUUCUGCGGCAUAUGUUUAUUGGACUGCUCCCUGAUGUCAUCACCUAUUGGACCUUCGCUACCUGUACUUAUAUACCAGUGUCUCCCUCUGUUUAUAAAUUUGCUGUAUUAAAAUCUGCAAAGCUUUUUACUUUAACAAAUUUAAGAGCAAUACUGGUAUUCCAGAAUUUGCCCUUCACAUAUAGUUUCAGGAUUGUAUCUUAACAUGCCAGAUUUUAGAAAAAUCAGUCCGAUUAUGGUUUGAUAAUGAGCCUUUUUUGCAACCUUUGACUUCUAGCAGCCUUAAAAACAGAAGAGGGGAGUAAACCAUUGAUAUCUUUUAUUCAUAGUGUACAGGUGUUCUUAAACUUUCUCAUAUUUCCAAGUUCUUACCUGAAUUGAGACUUGGAGAUUUUUAUUUGUCCAAUUUUUUAGAAUCCAUUCAUAUUAACAACAGUGGGGUUUAAUAUUGGAUGCCAGUAGAUGUUCAGGUAGAACAAGGUGGUUUCUUUGUUUUUCUACGUGAUUUAGUAUUGGAUUAAAACUAGCUAGUAAGAUGCAAUUCAAUCUAGUAUCAAUGUUAAUUAUGCUAAUGUAUGCAAACUACUUCACUGGGGUGAGGCAGAUUGAACUGUUUCAAUUGUCCUCCCGUGUAAAUUGGCAGCAGUAGAGUAGUUUGCAUAUUUACCUAUUUCAAUACUAGUUGGAAUUGUGCUGUACUAAUAUUUUGAAUACGGGGUGUUUAAUUGUACACAAAUUUGACUUUUUGUAACCUGCAUUCUUGUCUCCUGGCUUUACUGGUGUAGGCAAAUUCUGAAAAUGACCUGCAGAAAUUGGGCCCAGUUAACUAACUGCGGACUUUCAGUAAACCUGAUGUGCACAGUCUCCAACAAGUAGCUGUGAAGAUUGCAGCAACUUAGCAAUGUUUUUGGUGUCUAGAAUGCCUUAAGUUGGCUGGAGAGCAAAGGUUUGCAAAGGCUCAUUGUGCACUACAACAGUUCUGCAGGCAAAAAUCAACUCUUCAGUUUGGAUGUUAGGUGAUGGACAUUCCAUACCCUAAAAUAGAAGUGAUUGCCUGCACAUUGAUGUGGUAUUACCUGUCAAAUGAAGGGAUCAGCAGGGAGUAUCUGUGUUCUGAGAAAGGAAAAUAAAUUUAGGAAGAGGGGAACUGAAGCUUCAUAAAUUUUGGAGUAAAAUAGUCAUUUUUAUUUAUUCUAGCAAUCCUUCAAAGUUUAUUUCUGCAUUUGAUGUACCAUUAUUUUACUGUCCUUUGUAGUGUAAUGGAGUUUAGUUGACAAUAAAAAGUUUACAUCCUU